UGCAUACCUGCGGCGGCCCAUCUCCAGUGCAUUGCUUGGUUUUGAAUCUGUCAGCAUCGCUGCCAGUAUUGACCGACCCUCAUGUCAUUUGGUUCUUUCUUCUUCCCCCAUCUUGUAAUCUCUCACCCCUUUGAUUCAUUCGACUAGUUGCCUCGACUGGUAGGUGGGAUAAUAAUUAUAAGAUAGGAGGAGUACGUAGGAGGAGGCAUCGAAAACCACCAUGGAUCCUUACCUGUAUGAGGCGGCCACGGGCGGAGAUGUCAGCUUCUUGAGAAGAAUCAGAGACGGUGACGUAUUACUAAACCACGAUCUUCUCCUUCAGAAAACGCCUAAAGACAACAACAUUCUACACAUCGCCGUCGAAUUCAAACACAUUGAGUUUUUCAGACAAGUCCCGAAUCAUUAUUCUCCAUCUCUGUUUUGGGCGGCCAACAAAAAGGGCGACACUCCUCUGCACGUGGCCGCUAGAGUAGGCUGUGUUGAAAUAGUCGAGUUCCUUAUCGAUCAGGCGAAAGCGCUGCAGAUAAGAGGAGCUGAUGAGGAAAGCUGUCAUCGAAAGCCGCUACUUCGGAUGACGAAUUUAGAAAUGGAUACGGCUCUGCAUGUGGCUGUGCGGUACGGUCAUCUUGGAGUGGUGGUUCUGUUAAUGGAAGCAGAUCCUGAACUGUGUUGUUUGACUAACAGGGCAGAUGAAUCUGUUUUGUUCCUGGCUGCUAUGAAGGGGUCUGCAGAGAUUGCUCUUUAUCUGUUGAACGAGUCUCCGGUGUGUCCUUGUUUUCGAGGGACUAAUGGUGUGACGGCUUUGCACGCCGCUGUAACUCGCAGCACGCUCACCAGCAAAGGCAUUGUGAGGACAAUGGUGUCCAAAAAUCCUGAGAUGAUUAAAAAUGUCGAUGCACUUGGCUGGACACCGUUACACUAUGCAGCAUUUAGAGGGAACCUUGAAGCGACUAGAGUGCUAAUGCAAUGCGAUAGUUCUGCAUCUUACAUCUUAGACAACUCUGGAAUGUCAGCUCUCCAUGUAGCAGCCCAUGCCGGCCACACCAAAAUAAUGAAGGAGCUGAUUCUGUUGCGGCCCGAUAUUUGUGAUCUGCUGAAUGACCAAGGCCAAACGGCUUUACAUGCUGCAGUAUUAGGAGCACGAGUUAAUGUUGUGGAGUACAUAUUGAAGACGCCUGAGCUUGCGGCGAUUAUAAACGAAGCAGAUAAAGAUGGAAACACUCCUUUGCACUUAGCUACCCUUCACCAAAAUGAUAAAAUCAUAAAAGUUCUGUCUGGCGAUCGGAGAGUGGACAUGAUUGCUAUUAAUAAGGAAUUCUCGAUGCCCGCCGACAUGUUUCUUGGUGACAAUAUUGGUGAACAGGAAACAAUUCGCCGUGCUAUGGUUUUGGACAACCUGGGGUGCUCUGUUGGCGUGCCAUUUUUCCAACAACAAAUCAGUCGUGACUUCGACAAGUUGGAACCACUAGAGAAGGACACAGACAAGAUCAGAGAAAACCAGCUGCGAGCUCGUCCGGAUGAUCGUAAUGCCUUGGAAAGAGAUGACACCAAACUACUUGUUGCAACGCUCAUUGCAACUGUCACGUUUGCAGCAUCUUUCACCAGCGUGCCUGGAGGAUUUAAAGAUGACGGAAUGCCUAUUUUAUAUGAAAAGGCCGCUUUCAAAGUGUUUCAGUUUUUCAAUGCAGCGUCCUUCUACAUCUCAAUUCUUGCAAUCUAUAAUGAAUCAACUCCGAUAACUGUGUUAUCCAUCCAUCUACCCACACCAUCAAGUCUCAUUCAGUAUUCCAUUGGAGGAAUGGUGAUUGCAUUUUUUUCUGGCACAUUAGCAGUGCAGCCGAGACGUAGUCACGGAAAUUUGUUUGAAUUUAUAUUUGGCACAACUUCGGUUGAUAUUGUGCUCACGGUGAUGUGUGGCACUCUUUUAAUAUUAGCUAUCAUCUCUUUGAUGAUGCCUCUGAUUCAAAUACGCAGGGGAAAGAGGAUCCACUGGUUUUGAAACCAUGUAAUUUAAGCGCUACUUAUUGAAGUAAGUGAAGUCUACCUGCACUCCUUUAAUUGAUUGGGUUAAAAUUAAUAUGGAUGGGGCAUGGGAAAUGAACUCACCUAGUGCGGGUUAUGGUAGAGUUUUUCGAGACUAAAAGGGUGAGGUUCUUGGCCAAUUUAGAUAUCUGAAGCUCAGUUGCAGCUGAAAAAAUGGCGGAAUCAAAGCUAUUGAGUUGGCUUGGGUUUGCGACUGGAAGCAUGUUUUGUUAGAAGUUGAUUUGUAGAGAGAGUAAUCAAGUUACUGAUGCUUUAGCUAAUUUUGGUGCUUUAUUGUCUGAUAUGAUUGGUGGGAUUCGAUUCCACAAUUUACAAUUUCUUUUUGUGCUCUUAA